AUGACGUUCUUCGCGCUUAUCCUCGCGGCGUUCAUCACGACGUUCAUCGCGGCGUUCAUCACGCUUAUCCUCGCGGCGUUCUUCGCGCUUAUCCUCGCGGCGUUCAUCACGACGUUCUUCGCGCUUAUCUUCACGGCGUUCAUCACGACGUUCUUCGCGCUUAUCUUCACGACGUUCAUCGCGGCGUUCUUCGCGCUUAUCCUCGCGGCGUUCAUCACGACGUUCUUCGCGCUUAUCUUCACGGCGUUCAUCACGACGUUCAUCACUCUUAUCCUCGCGGCGUUCAUCACGCUUAUCUUCACGACGUUCAUCACGGCGUUCUUCGCGCUUAUCUUCAUGGUGUUCAUCACGCUUAUCUUCACGGCGUUCAUCACGGCGUUCAUCACGCUUAUCUUCACGGCGUUCAUCACGCUUAUCUUCACGACGUUCAUCGCGGCGUUCUUCGUGCUUAUCUUCACGGCGUUCUUCGUGCUUAUCUUCAUGGCGUUCAUCACGGCGUUCAUCACGACGUUCAUCACGGUGUUCUUCGCGCUUAUCUUCACGACGUUCAUCACGCUUAUCUUCAUGGCGUUCAUCACGGCGUUCAUUACGACGUUCAUCACGGUGUUCUUCGCGCUUAUCUUCACGACGUUCAUCGCGCUUAUCUUCAUGGCGUUCAUCACGGCGUUCAUCACGACGUUCAUCACGGUGUUCUUCGCGCUUAUCUUCAUGGCGUUCAUCACGCUUAUCUUCACGGCGUUCAUCACGGCGUUCAUCACGCUUAUCUUCAUGGCGUUCAUCACGCUUAUCUUCACGACGUUCAUCACGACGUUCUUCACGCUUAUCCUCGCGGCGUUCAUCACGCUUAUCCUCGCGGCGUUCAUCACGCUUAUCCUCGCGGCGUUCAUCACGCUUAUCUUCAUGGCGUUCUUCGCGCUUAUCUUCAUGGCGUUCUUCGCGCUUAUCCUCGCGCUUAUCUUCACGAUGUUCAUCACGCUUAUCCUCGCGGCGUUCUUCGCGCUUAUCUUCACGAUGUUCAUCACGCUUAUCUUCAUGGCGUUCGUCAUUCUUUUCAUCAUGCUUUUCUUCAUGAUGUUAAUCACGCUUAUCUUCAUUGCGUUCGUCAUUCUUUCCAUCACGCUUUUCCUCAUGAUGUUCAUCGCGCUUCUCUUCAUUGCGUUCGUCAUUCUUUUCAUCAUGCUUUUCUUCAUGCUUCUCGUCAUGUUCAUCUUGAAUUUCUGGUUGUGUCUCGAUUUCUUCUGGAUUUACAUCAUCUUCUGGUUUUGA